CCCUUUACAUGCACAAACUGCUUCCCAAAUCUCAUUUUCUACUUCCCACCAGCAUCAUUCCUGGUCUCGCUCUGGCCACUUGCCUACAGAGACUGCCGCCGAUACAGCCUCAGAGGAAGAAGUCCCAGAGAAAGACUUUCACCCUUGGCUACCAAGGCAAAACGAAACGGAGGAGCAGAUGGUGCAGCCACAAAUGCUACAACAAACACAGCAUACACGAACUGUGCCCGAAGCUUUAUCCACCCCAUCCCAGGACGAAGCCUUUGACACUAUGUUUAAUUUUACGAGAAGUGUUUCCGGUAACCAUGUACUGCUCCAGAAUUCAGUGCCUGCAAGUCCCUCCAACGGUCCAAGUUUAGAGGUCCAAGGUCACCAGUUGCAUCCAUACCGUGAAGAAGUGGGCAUACUGCAGCAGGAACAUCUACGCCAACAACAAGAACCCUCGCAGCACCACUAUCAGCAACAGAGAAAUCGACCACAAGAAGGACAGCAGCCAGGACCCAGUUUGCUGAUACAGGCAGCAGAGGCAUUGGACCGUUCAACUCAGGAGCGGCUCCUCUCUGUACCACCUGCAAGCGACCACAAACGAGCUGCCUCCGAG